CUGUAGUACGCGUCCGCCUUACGAUGCGUCUACGGUUCUGCUCACGUGGAAAGUCAACGAGGAAAAUUUGUGACGUGCUUAACCCACAUCCACACCGAUGUAAGGUAUCCGUGAACACACGAAUGUGUGCGUUCUUGUGAUUCCCUUUAUCUGGUUUUCCGUCAAAAAAGUCUGCACGAAACUGGCAAACGAAUUCAUAAUUUUUCCCUUAUGCGUGCAAUAUUAUCCUGACGGUUGAUCUUUGGUGUUCGUAUAAUGUAUAAACUUUCUUAUGGAGAGAAACACGAAAGAUUAUAGCUAGGUGAGUGAACGUCGAAAGGUCCAUGAACGCAAUGGGACCCCUUUGAAUUUCACCAGCUGGUACAUUGUCUCUUUUCGAGACACACGUAAAUUUAAUUAUUACAUGAUCACUUUUUACAAUCAAACAGCACAAUUACUGGAAUGUAUCAACUAAAUUUUUCCAAUAAGCAAAAAAAUAACCCAGAAAAUUCAAAUCAGCCGAAGGAAUAUUAUUCUGCAGGACAUUCAGAAGGGCACAUACAACAAAUAUCUUCAGGUUAUAAUAUUACCAGCGUUCAGAAUAUUGGUACUCCAGAUAAUAUACUUAUGCCAACUGCAGAUUAUACAAAAUCCAUGGAGAGUUUUCAAUCUGUUGAUGGUCAGUCUAUUGCUACACAUGAACAUGCUGUCUCAAGCAUGUAUCAAACAAAUGCCAAUAAAGUUGCUGAUAAUGCAUCACAAAAUAUGUAUGAUCAGUGGUAUAAUAAUAAUGCUAUACCACCACCGAUCGAAAAUUCAUGGUUCUCAAAAGAUAAUAUACGUGGAACAAAACAAUGGCCUGAACAAAUUGUUGAAAAUUACGAAAAUAUUCAACAGCCUUCUGAGUUUGUUAAUUUAGAAGUUGUUAUUCCUGCACUAGAAGAACGUGACAUUUAUGGAUCUCGAGAUUCUAUUAAUAGGGAAACAUUAGAUAAUGAUCCUAAAGCUGUUGUAAAUGUUCAAAAAGAAACAAUUAAUGUACGUGAAUAUAGACAAGAAGUGAAUAAUGUUGAGGUUCCUUCUAUACAACAGCACACACAAAGUCAUCGAUCUUUACAACAGGACCAAGCUCUAAACAAUUAUGAAUUUGCAUCGAAUGAUAGAAACACAUUUUUAGAAACUGGAGAAUUAACAGAUUCUCAUCCUGAUCAUGAAUUAUCUCCACCAAAUCAGGAUGAUGAAAACGAUGAAGUCCCUAAUGAUAUCCCUUUUCUACGUGAAGUUCCUGGUCAAUCUAGUUCUAUUGAUCUUAGAAAUGAUAGAAAUGAUCCUGCAGGACAAGAACAAUAUAUACAAUCUGUCCAGCGUCUUUCAGAUCCAAGAAGAAAUGAUCCUUCUGGACAAGAACAAGGGCUUCAAAUUAGAAAUAUAUCUGAUAGAUCUGAACGUCGAGAUGUCCCACCUGGCCAAGAAAGAAGUAUAUCUUCUCUUUCUCGGAGUGAAUCAGAUACAUUAGAACGUCAAAAUGAUCCUUCUGGCAGAGAACGUUCUUUGCCUCCACAACAGUCUAGAAAUGAUCCAUCGGGAGAAGAGAGAUACCAGGUACAAUCUCAAAUAAUGCUUGAAUCAAGUGAAAUACGUGAAAUACCUGGAAGAGGCAAUGAACCUGAAGAAGUUACUCAACAAUCAGAUGGAGGACUUAGACAAAUUCCAGGAGGUGCAUCUCCUAACGAAACCAUUCAAUCUUCAGAUGAUAGAUCUGCAGGACGAGUAGUUACAGGUUCUCAAGAGUUUCCUUUGUCCAUUCCCUCUAUUUCGGAUCAAGCAACUGAUUCAAGAAAUAAACGAGAGGAAGCAGUUGGAGCAUCCGAAGGUGGUAAUCAAAGUGUUCAAGUACCAUCAGUACGUAAAGAUUCUUAUGAAAAUGAAGAUGAUGAAGGAUCUGGAAACAGUAGGGAAGAUAGUAGAGAAAGACAUAGAGAUGCCAGUCCUGAGCGCAGACGUUAUGAUUAUGAUAGAAAAAAUACAUAUUACGAUCGUGAGCGUGAGUAUGAUGAUGAUUAUUAUUACGAACGUCGACGUGGAGUAGAUAAUGAAAGACCAUAUAAUGAUUUCGAACGUCGAGAUCUUUCUUAUAGAGAUGACGAUCGUAAACAUCAUAGUCGUGAUGAUUUGGAUCGUCAUCCGAGGGAUGAAAUUGAAAGAAGAAAUAGAGUUAAAGAUGAUUCAGAUGAUAGAGAUGGACGAAGAAGGCAAGAUGAUCGUAGGAGAGAUAGAGGCGAUGAUCCACGUAGAAGGGAAAGAGAAAUUAGAGAUUAUGAUUUGAGAUAUACUAGAGAUAGAGAAUACGUCGGUCGCGAUAGAAGAAGGGACGAGAGACGACCUAGAAGAUACGAUGAUUAUGAUAUUAGAGACCCAUACAGAAGGGAAUAUUAUGAAGAUCCUUACAGUAGAAGUUCUAGACCUUCUAGCAGAUCUUCUUAUAAUGAUAGAGAUAGGGAAUACUACAUGCGUUCUAGAGAUCCUUAUUAUGCUUACAAUGGAUAUGGUGGAUAUGACUAUAAUGCUCAUUAUGGUAACAAUUAUUACGCAUAUCUCGAGAAUUUACGUCGUACCAAUCCUGCUGCUUAUGCAGAAUGGUAUCAUAAAUAUUAUGCCAGCCAGCAUCCACAGCAACACAUAUCUAGAGGUGUUAGUAAUUAUCCAGAGGAUAGAGCUAGUGUACAUUCAGGACGCAGUUCUUGUGAGGAACGAACCACUGGAGAUAAACGAACCUUAGCUCAUAUGUCACAGUUUGAAGACUCAACAACAUCUGCACGACUAACACCAACAAAAUAUUCCACUUGCCAUGUAUAUGGAUCUUUUUCUGUUGGAUCACUUAUACAUGUUCAGCCAAGUUAUCCAGCUGAUGGUGAAAGGGCUAAAGUGGACAUUUUACGAGUGGACAAUUUAUUCUUACAUGAUCCUGUUGCACGUGACUUACGUGCCUAUCCGGGACCUCUAAUUAAACAAGUAGGAGUCACGCACAAAAAAACGAUAAUUAAAUACUGCGAAAAUAAAAUUAAAAAUGCAACAGCGAAUGAUGAUAUGAUUGAUCGUGCUUCUUAUAUACUUUUGUAUGAAUUGAUGAUUAUGCUAAUCCAACAAAAUGGCAAUGUUGUCGGUGUUGAUAUAGCAGCACUUUUACUUAGAAAUAAAGAUGCUUAUCCUUAUGAUGUAAAUAAGCAAAAGCUGCAAGAUACAGGAAGAAGAGAGUCUGUGAUGUCACAACGAUCUGGAAUAAGUGUAAAUGGGAACAAUCAGGAUAUUCCAGUAACUGCUGAAAAAGUUGAAAGUACUAAACAACAGAAAACUGUAGAACAAAUGACAGAUGAAUUUAGAAAUACACUUCUUUAUGGAUUAGUUCAAGAAGCAUUAGAAUAUGCUAUGACUGAAGGACUAUGGGGACAUGCAUUAUUUUUAGCUAGCAAAUUGGAUAAGCGUACCUAUGCUUCAGUAAUGACACGAUUUGCAAAUAGUCUAUUACCUUCUGAUCCAUUACAGACAUUAUAUCAGUUGCAUUCUGGUCGCAUACCAGCUAUUGUAACAUGUGUAGCAGAUCCACGAUGGGACGACUGGAGACCUCACUUAGCUAUGAUUAUUUCAAAUACAUCUACUAAUCCUGAAAUUAAUCGGCGAUCAAUAACAACACUUGGAGAUACACUUUUUGCGAGAGGGGAUAUCUAUGCGGCUCAUUUUUGUUACAUUCUGGCACAAGUUGAUUUUAGUGCAUAUGGAAUAAAUUCAGCAAAACUUGUUCUUAUUGGUUCUAAUCAUCACAAGCCGUAUUCUGAAUUUAUGACAACAGAAGCUGUUAUGCUAACAGAAAUUUAUGAAUAUGCUCGUAAUCUUAGCGAGCCUGGUUUUACUUCGGUAGAUCUCCAAACUUUUAAAUUUGAUCUGGCAGUUAAAAUGGUUGAUUAUGGCCUAAUAGAGAAAGCCUUACUUUAUAUAGAACAAAUUGCAGUAAACAUUUUUAAUGAACCUUCAAAAUAUAAAAAGUCUUUUAUUACGGCAGUUUAUGCUUUGGGUGAUAAAAUCAAAUAUCAUGAUCCUGUUUGCAAAGAUUCUACUGAAGAUGCUACUAAUCUUACUUGGUUAAAUAACUUAGCAGAAAUUGUAAAUAAAUAUCAGAUUGGAGAAAUUGUUGAAGGUGAUGCAUAUGAAUCGCAAAUUAAUGCAGAUGGACAAAAUAAUUUACAAAGUCAAGAAACCCAUGACAUUAAAUUACAAUCACAGCAACAACAAAUACAACAACAGUGGGUUACUAAACAAACUGAGUACAAAGAUGGACCAACAUCUAUGGUAGAUGUUACAGCCCCAGAUAUGCAAUCAGAUUGGGAACCAUUAUCAUUGCCGUCAAAUAUACAACAAGAUACAUAUGAUCAAUCUACACAAUAUAUACAUAAUAAUGAAAGUAAUCAAUAUCAACAAUCUCAGCAACAAGAUUACUGGAACCAACAACAAACAUAUUAUCAAAAUAAUUUUGGCAGAAACGGUGGUACAUCUCCUAGUUGGCAGCAACAAUCUACUCAUGCUCAAUAUACAGAUGAUCAGCCUGACAUUGAUAAUUCUCAACAACAGGAAAAAUGGAACUAUGAGGCGGAAAGAGAAGAAAAAACAUCUACUCCUGAACCAAUGCAACCAGCAAUUUCUAUGACAUCUUCUACGGGUAAACAAUAUGAUCCAUUAGAAGAGUUAGACGCCUUAGAAACACCAAGACAAACUGCUAAAUCUACAACAGAAACUAAGAAGACAUCUGAAAAAAAUACUGAAAAGAAACCGCCUAAUGGAGGUAGUUCAUGGUUUGGAGGUCUGUUCAGUAAAUUAGCUCCAAAACCACGUAAUCAAAUGAUACUACCAGAUGACAGUAAUCCUACGAUUGUUUGGGAUCCUGUUGCAAAAAAAUGGAUGAAUAAAGAUGAAGAUGCAGAUACUAGUUCAGCAGCUUUGCCUCCACCACCAAAAGCAACUGAUAUGGGUAUUAAACCAUCAUCAACUGAACAAGUUACUGUACCUCAACCCCCUAUACAUAAUAAACAAUCUAAAGAAGCAAUGAACAUAAAUGGUUCUAAAGUACACGCUAAUUACAAUAUGUUCAAAUUGCAAAAAGGAAGAAAUAUGCGUGCCAAUUAUAUAGAUGUAAUGAAUCCAAACGGUGGGAAAAGCAGUACAGCUUCACCAAAUGUACCAACACCUGCAACAUCUCCAUUUGUACCUAUGGCUGUAUCAUCUCCUCAGUUAUUCAUUCCUGCACCAGUAAAUGAUCCGAGUGCACCUGUCGAUUUUUUAACACCAGCUCCAGCACCAAGUAUACCUGCUACACAUCCUAAUGAAAAUGUAACUCAAGGACAGUCGGGGAGGCAGAAUGAUGUAGCCAAAUAAUAAUUGUUGCUGAUACUCUCUCGAUGGAGCUCAACCAGCUCAUUAUCGCGAGAGGUGCAGAGCUACACAAUGAGGGAUCCGCGUUUUCUCCAAAGGAAUAAGGUAAUACUACAAUACACUAACUUUACACAGUUAUGAAAGUUUGUCUAUAUCAAAAUGUUUCAAACAAUUAUAAUUAUAUUUACAUUAAAUGUUAAUAUAUAAAGUUUAA